AUGGGUCUGGUGACCUACCGGAAAGUAACGACGGAAUACGAGGAUAACGGAUUCGCCAACCCCGAGAAAACGGUGGUCCAGAUAACUUUCCCGGUGAACACUAGUCUGCUUCAACCAACUCCUGCAGUGUACCAAAACAGAGAUUCGAACCCAAACCUGAACGAUCCAAAACAAGAACACAUUCGUAGGGGACUGCAUGUGUCAAAAGCGGCAGAAAUCAGAACCCCACACCCCCGCGUACAAAUCGCAAGCCAUUUUGAACGAGGGGGAGAUGACUCCAGCACAUUUCAAAAUCUGGAAGAUCUGUCUCCAAGCAGAAAAGCGGAGAAAGGUAGUAACAGUCGAAAUCUCGUUUCCUACAACAACAAUCUCCCGAGGCAGCACGAAAAUAUCAUGACAGAUACAGCCCUUCGUUCCCCAGGAAUCUUGGAAGUUUCCAGAACUGAGAACAACCGACGACAGACCUCACAGCUCCCCCAUACCAACCAGCAACAGGCUUCUAUUUCGCGCGAACCCUCAAAAAGUCAUGGUGAAGGAGGGAAAGAAAGCUCUCUCCCCACACCACGUCAACGGUCUCGCCUCGCCAUCUCCCCAUCCCCCACGCCUCCCAUCAGAGCAGUGGAGGAACCAUCCCCAACAUCGGGAACUCCCUAUUCCACCAGCGCGCUCUUCUCCCACAGGUACAUUACCAUGAACCUCCUCAGCCACAAGAGCACCGAACCCGUGCUAACCACUACAACCUUGUCGCCGUCCAUUGUCCGACCAGGUCUCUACAAUCUCUCAAAGCAGACGAACCCCACACCCUUCCCGGCUUCGGUUCGAAAUGAGUCGUUUUCGACCCUGGGAAUUUCUAAUCAGCUGUCACGUAAUUCCUCCGGGACACGAGCAGACACGUCGACGUUUAUGUCGUUUCUCGAUUCUGCUGUGGAAACUCUCCACGGUGCGACUUCUUCUACUUCCGCUAAUCUCGCACGGCUCGAGGUGCGUCUUCCGGAAGUGACGUCAUACCAACCGCGACAAGCUCACGGCCCUCUUUCCGAGACAACCGUCUCCAACAAAGAGUUUGUUCAAUCUAUUCCUUCAGCUACAGCCAACAAAAUGGCACACUCGCACGUAGCUAUUGAAGAACUGAACCGACUUACGACAGCAGUAACGAGCAUUACAGCAACGAAAAACAAUUACAAAAGUAUCCAAAACCCACAGCCAAACACAAACUUGACGACUGACAGAACACGGGAUAGGAAGUAUUCACCUCCCACCAACAGUCUCCCGGUGAGAGAAACUAUCCACAUUCAGCAACCAGGCAUUCGGCAGCAACAUGUGAAUACCGUACCAUCAGCCACAAAUACAGGACACGCUCACCUUUUAGAGACACGGCCUUCUGACGUCACACACAACAUCCGCACAGUCAGCCUACCAGGAGAUCUCACGCUGACCUUGACCCCUCCGUCACCAUCGUUGGAUCAGCAAAAGCUCAGCGUGGUGAACUCCGUCAUUCAGAACAUCCUCGCGUCCACCGGGGAACAAGAGCUACGCUACGCCCACAACCACGCCCAGCUGGCGCAGAGAGCUUUGGAGAAAGUGGCGCCACAGCUGGGCCCUUCCCCUACCUCGAGAAUCGCCGCAGAGUUUCCCGCUCAGGGCCUCAACAAACAAACUCGUCAUGGCGGGUAUGAACUCUCGUCGGUGUCAACGCACGAUAAUACAAUGCGUGGUUCAGAAUCGCCACCCAGGACGUCACAAAGUCAGACACUUUAUCUAAAUGAGAAAACUGGUUUAUCAGACACGACGAACAGAAACACGGACAUCUCGUCUAUCAGUCGAAACCCGUCAAGCAACCCGGGGAGAACAGCCUUAUCUGGACAGAAAAGCAACUCCCGGAGAGAUCCACAAGUUCAUUACGAAGUGGUCCCUCCAAUCGUUCCAGAAAAUUCUGGGCAGAACUAUCAAAGUUCAUCUGCUGCGUCUUCUCGUCAGGCUGGCAAUACGCUCGGAACUCAGUUCAGAUCUCAAACCGGACUCUCUCACACUCCACAGACAGACCACUGGGGACACUCUCAAGACUCAGGUGGCUUUAACAGAGAUGCAUUUCCUCAAAGACCACCCCCAAAUACAAACGUGGUCGCUCCCUUUCCUCAAAGACUACCCCCCAACUCAAACACCUUAUCUGAUCCUCAAAGACAUCCUGCCAACUUAAAUACAGCUUCCUUACCGCAAAGACCACAUCAAAAUACGUACGCGGUCCUAAUACCUGGAGGGCAAUCUCCCAACACAAAGAUGGACACGUUUCCUCAAAGAUCUUCUCCAACUAUCAACACGGCUCCGUUUCCCCAAAGCCAAUCUUCCAGCUCGAACAAAGCUUCGGCAGCGUGGCAAGGGACAUCCUUCAGCAGCAAUCAAGAGCAGCCAGCUUCUUACACGGCAUCCCAAAGCGUGCAGAAAGCACCACCGCCCACACAAGGUGGACUAGGGAAUCAGAACUACCAAAACCCUGCUCCGCUUCCCCGAAACCAGCCUUACGCCAUUCAGAAACCUCCACUGGCCCCGCAAAACAAUCAAAAUAAUAUACCUUACAGCGGUCUAGGCCAAGAAUCUUUUCAAAAUAAUCGCCAAUCAAACAACCCUUCACAACGAGAGCCCCCUUCGUCCCCUCAUUUCCCUCCUCCUCCUCUCCCCCACCCUCAAGAUACACCACAUACAACCCAACCUCCUUUCGUAGACUACUGGGACUUUUUAUCGUGGCAGCAAUCACUUUCCUCCCAGCAACGACAAAACCCACCAAUCAACAGUCCGGAUUCCCUCCCACCACUGACCACGCCCCCUCCGUUAUGCCCGCCCCCUGAGCAGAUGGUUUGCGCACCGACCCGCGCGUCUGCUAGACUCGUCUCCUUCUGCCAGCAGCGCUGUGACGUCACUUCCGGGACGUGCAGCAGCGCGUUGUGCAAGUGUUCCUGCAGCGGCCAAAGCUCCAAACACGACCUCCACCAGCUCGCUAAACGAACCACGGCAUCGGCUCCUACGUUUUACGAUCCCAUCCCCGGCGCCAUCAUCGAGUCCGGAGAUUUGAUGAUAUCUGGCGUUGACCCUGACCUUCUCACGACCCCACCGCCUGUGAAGGUCACAACUCCGGCGAAAAUGUCCGAGGAAAGUUUUCAGAAAUUUCUGCAACAUUUUGCACGUAUGAGCGGUAAAGAAUCUCAAGGAACUGCUGAGCCCGAUAUUGACUGA